GGUGUCGCACUUCACGAUCGAUCGUCCUUCGUCCAUUACUUUGUUUUCGUCUCUUUCAAGACUUUGUCCCUGGUCGCUUACAAUUAUUCUAUAGUGAGUGGUCGGCGGUACGCGAGUUGCUGGAAUGGCCGCUGAGGAGAAUGCGGUGUUCACCGCUUUGGGCUUGAACCAGGCUGAAGUGCCCUAUCUGGGUACAUUGGACGUGAAUGAAACAGAGGAUGAGUUGGGUCGAGGCUCAUUUGCUGUGGUGUACAAGUCUAAAUGGUGUGGAUUGAAGGUGGCCGCAAAGGCACUUCAUUCUAUCCUGAUUGAUGGAAGAAACCAAGGACGCGACGUCGUAUUGCAUGAUUUUGGAGCAGAGAUUGCACGCAUGGCACGUCUUCGCCACCCGCAUCUGUGUCCUAUUUUCGGCGUGGGCAUGGUCGGAACAACUCCAGCCAUUGUGGUGGAAUUGAUGUCCGACACACUGGAAACAAUGAGCGUUGGUGCACGCAGACAGGACUUGCUUCAGCUGAUGCGCUACAUCGAACACACUGCUGCUGGUCUUCGCUACUUGCACUCCAUCCCGAUGGUGCAUCGCGACCUGAAGCCAAGCAAUGUCCUCGUUGCCAAUGGUGUGGCCAAAAUCACGGAUUUCGGCGUCUCCAAGCUACUGCCUAGCGUUGCCGAUCAGUUCCGUGAAGCCGCUCAGUCCAUGACCCGACAGCCUGGUACACAUUUAUUCAUGCCGCCAGAGGCGUUGCAAGAGACGGAAUCUGGCCGAGCAAGGUACGAUCUUUCGCUUGACGUCUUUUCGUUCGGAGUGACGGCAAUGAGCGUGCUGAGCGGUGUGAUGCCCUCCAUUGAGCUCAUGUUCGCAGCAAGAUCGCGCCAGGCAGCUGACGGCAGCUUCGUUGCUAUACCCGAGCUGGAGCGGCGACGCGCGGAGUUUGCUCGCAUCCCUGACGGCCACCCGCUGAAGGACCUGCUGAGACGCUGUCUUGCUGACCCACCGGCCCGUCGACCAGAUGCAGUGGAGAUUCACGAAUUCGUCCAGGGUGUUGUUCAGUUCUUGUCCUCAUUGCCGCAGACUGCAUCUCCACUGGAAGAAUCUAUGGGUGCUUCUGCAGGCCUCGUUACCACUAUACUCGACACUGUGAGGAGUGUGUCAACUGCCGUACGGGAUCUCUCCACAUCUCAUCAGCAACUAGGCACCAGGUUGGAUAAUCUCUCUGCACAGGUUGAAGUCACCAACAACCGCAUGACUCAGGUCCAGCAGGAGGUCUCUGCUGAAGCUCGCACAACCAACGACAAGAUGGAUGAAAUACAACUGGAAGCCCGGACUACCUAUGAACAAGUGGCACAGCUGAGCGACACAAUGGCGAGAGGUGAACAAGAUACAACUGCAGCAUGUGAACGCAUAGUGGAAAUGCAAAACCAGACCAACACAACUGUCCGUCAACUACAGGAGCAAAGUGCUACAAGUUCCACAAGCAUUGGACAACUACUGGAGCAAAGUGCUACAAGUACCACAAGCAUUGGACAACUACUGGAGCAAAGUGCUACAAGUACCACCAAUAUUGGUCAACUGCAACAGCACCAGCAAGACACUAGUGAUAAGCUUUCACGUGUCUCAGCAGCUGUUACCACCAUUCAACAAGGUGAACAAGAUACAACUGCAGCAUGUGAACGCAUAGUGGAAAUGCAAAACCAGACCAACACAACUGUCCGCCAACUACAGGAGCAAAGUGCUACAACCUCAACAAGCAUUGGACAACUACUGGAGCAGCAGCAAGACACUAGUGAUAAGGUUUCACGUGUCUCAGCAGCUGUUACCACCAUUCAACAAGGUGAACAAGAUACAACUGCAGCAUGUGGACGCAUAAUGGAAAUGCAAAACCAGACCAACACAACUGUCCAUCAACUACAGGAGCAAAGUGUUACAACCUCCACAAGCAUUGGACAACUACUGGAGCACCAGCAAGACACUAGUGAUAAGCUUUCACGUGUCUCAGCAGCUGUUACCACCAUUCAACAAGUUCAAUCUGACAUGCGCAGUGACUUGGAGGGAAAAAUCGGCGAUGUGCGGUCAUUAGUUACUGCUGUAUCAGCUACCGUGAAUGGCCCUCGCAGGGUUGCAACACAAAAUCACUAUAAGUCCAUCCACAAUAGCUGCACAUCAUUUGGUAGCAAGGGUAAUGGCAGGGUGCAGUUCACUAAUCCAUAUGGCAUCACAAUCAGCAACGAUGGAAAGGUCUUUAUUGCGGUUUUGAGCAAUCAUCGGGUGAAGGUCACCACACUGGAUGGUACAUACAUACGUGAUAUAGGCAAACCAGGCAGUGGUAAUGCUGAAUUCAAGUAUCCCACUGAUGUAGCUGUGGAUGACGAUGGUGAUCUUGUGGUGGUUGACAGGGACAACACGAGACUGCAGGUCCUACAUCAGGAUGGGUCUUACGUAAAAACGAUUGGUAACGGUGCUAUCGGUAUCUCGUUUGGUGUUGCAGCACUGUCUCUGCCCCAGCAUGGUAUUUGUUAUGCUGUAACCGAUUGGUAUGACGGUUGUGUGAGAGUGUUUGAGAAAGGAGGAAGGCAGUUGAACAAGUUUGGUACUAAAGGAAGUGGACCAGGACAGUUCAACAACCCAGUGGGUAUUGUCUCGUCCAACGGCAGAUUGCUGCUUGUUGAUCAGUCCAAUCACCGUAUCCAGGUUUUCACUACUGAUGGAAACUUCAUUUCCAUGUUCGGAUCAAAGGGGAAGUCAGAUGGUCAGUUCAACAACCCUCAGCACAUUGCCGAGGAUAGGCAUGGCCACUUCCUGGUCACUGAUGAAAACAACCACCGUGCUCAAGUGUUCACUUCUGACACAUUCUCUCACGUGGCUACCUUCGGUUCAAGCAGUUGUCUUUCUUCUUCGGCCGGUAUUGCAGUAUCACCCAAUGGUACUGUGUAUGUUAGUGACACUAGCAAAGACUGUAUCACAAUGUUCUAACUUUUGUCCUGGAGCAUCUUGUUUCUUGUUCUACACUAAUGUUUCUCACUGCUGUGAAACAUGAACAGGACCAGUAUUAGCAGUUUUUUUUUGCUCAGGCUUUACUAUAGUAUUUCAGAUUUUUUGUGUGACACAUCGAGUAUGCAUAACCUACCCUGUAGCUAACAUGUAUUGGGCAGGCCAACAGUAGAUCCAGCAAAGUCCUGACCGACUAGAGCAGUUCCGACAUGUCUGAUUAAGCUGAUCAACAUACAUGUAUGAACAUGGCCAAUUACUGUUUAUCAUACUUGCAUGAUUGAAUGUGGCCUUGCAUAUGUGUUUAUGUGUGUGUGCAUGUGUAUGUGUGUGUGACUAUGUAUGGACGUGGGGUGUGUGUGUGUGUGUGUGUGUGUAUGUGUGUGUGUGUAUGUUUGUGUAUGCGUGUGUGUAUGCAUGCAUUUGCUUAUGAACUCCUGCACUGAGUUGUAUAUACACAUUGUACUUGGAUCACUCUCAUUGUUACAAUCCUAUUCUCGAUGUGCAGAGGAUGAUUAUAUUGAUUGUGUUAGCUGGGUGCUCUUUUUCCUUUCUCUGAAAAUCUAUUGCAUUUCAGCGAAAUGUCUCGCUGCUAAGUAUCGCAAUACAUCAUAAAGUUUUUUAUGUCAUUUUUGGAUACAAUGAAGAAUGUGCUCAUUGUCCGAGGUACUGUUUUCUUUCUAUCAUGGUUUGUGGUGUUUUCUGUUAGUAUCUUUAUUUUAGAAAUGUUUCAAACCUUUAUAACUGCUGCAUACUCUUGUUUGAUCUGAAGAGAUGCAGUAUUGUUAGUUGUCUGAUAAUUGCCUAUGGAGUAUGGCCAUGAAACUCUUUGUUAUAACGAU